AUGGCGGAACCGCCAAGCACAGUGCACGGCGCCGCUGCUGUUGCCGCCGCCGCCGUGUCGGAGAAAGAACCGUUUGGCAAGCUGCAGCCCUCCUCCCGGGACCCACCAGGCCCUCUCUCCUCCAAGAAGGUCCGGACUGAGGAGAAGAAGGCGCCGCGGAGAGUGAACGGGGAUGGGGGCAGCGGCGGGAACAGCAGGCAGCUGCAGCCGGCGGCGGCGGCGGCACCGUCGCCUCAGAGCUAUGGCAGCUCCGCGUCUUGGAGCUUCGCCGCUCUGUCUGCUGUCCCCUCCCCGUCCUCUUCUCGGAGCAGUUUCUCUUUCUCCGCUGGCACGGCCGUCCCCUCCUCAGCCUCCGCUUCCUUGUCUCAGCCGGUGCCGCGCAAACUGCUGGUCUCUCCUGCGCUGCUGCACGCUCAGCCUCACCAUCUCCUGCUGCCGGCCGCCGCUUCGUCUGCCAACGCCAAGCCGCGCAGACCGAAGGAGAAGCGGGAGAAGGAGAGGAGGAGGCACGGCCUCGGCGGGGCGAGCGAGGCCGGCGGGGCCGCCCGGGAGGAGAACGGGGAGGUGAAGCCGCUGCCGCGAGAUAAAAUCAAAGACAAAAUUAAAGGAAGAGACAAAGAAAAGGAGAGAGAAAAAAAGAAACAUAAAGUAAUGAAUGAGAUCAAGAAAGAGAAUGGGGAAGUAAAGAUUUUGCUGAAAAGUGGGAAGGAGAAACCAAAAACAAAUGUGGAAGACUUACAAAUUAAAAAGGUAAAGAAGAAAAAGAAGAAGAAACACAAAGAGAAUGAAAAACGGAAGCGUCCGAAAAUGUAUAGCAAAUCUAUUCAGACCAUUUGCUCAGGAUUGCUAUCUGAUGUUGAAGAUCAAGAAGCCAAAGGCAUCCUAAAUGACAGCAUAAAGGAUUACAUUGGAAAGAAUUUGGAUACCAAAAACUAUGAUUGCAAAAUUCCAGAGAACAGUGAAUUUCCAUUUGUUUCAUUAAAGGAGCCACGAGUUCAGAAUAAUCUCAAAAGGUUGGACAGCUUGGAGUUCAAACAGCUCAUUCAUGUUGAGCACCAGCCUAAUGGAGGCGCAUCAGUUAUCCAUGCCUACAGUAAUGAACUCUCCCACCUGUCUCCUGUGGAGAUGCAGAAGUUUGCAGAAGAGUUUGUGGGUCUAGUGUUCAGUGAAAAUGAAAACUCUGCAGCUUUUUAUGUAAUGGGUGUUGUUCAUGGGGCAGCUACUUAUUUACCUGACUUUUUAGACUACUUUUCAUUUAAUUUUCCCAAUUCACCAGUGAAAAUGGAGAUAUUGGGAAAGAAAGAUAUAGAGACAACGACUAUGUCCAAUUUUCAUGCUCAGGUAAAAAGAACGUAUUCUCAUGGUACUUACAGAGCUGGCCCAAUGCGACAGAUAAGCUUGGUGGGAGCAGUUGAUGAAGAAGUGGGAGAUUACUUCCCUGAGUUCCUUGACAUGUUGGAAGAUUCACCAUUUUUAAAAUGUACACUGCCAUGGGGGACACUAUCUAGUCUAAAAUUAGAGAGUCGAAAAGAUAGUGAUGAUGGUCCCAUCAUGUGGGUACGUCCAGGAGAACAAAUGAUCCCUGUGGCUGAUAUGCCAAAGUCACCUUUCAAAAGGAAAAGAACUACCAAUGAAAUAAAAAACCUUCAGUACCUACCUCGAACCAGUGAGCCCCGUGAGAUGCUUUUUGAAGACAGGACAAGAGCCCAUGCAGAUCAUAUAGGACAAGGUUUUGAGCGACAGACUACAGCUGCUGUUGGAGUGUUGAAGGCUGUGCACUGUGGAGAGUGGCCUGAUCAACCCCGAAUAACCAAAGAUGUAAUUUGUUUUCAUGCUGAAGAUUUCUUAGAAGUAGUUCAACGAAUGCAGUUAGAUUUACAUGAACCUCCACUGUCCCAGUGUGUCCAGUGGGUUGAUGAUGCAAAACUUAAUCAACUGAGGAGGGAAGGCAUUCGCUAUGCCAGGAUUCAGCUGUAUGAUAAUGACAUUUAUUUUAUUCCAAGGAAUGUUGUUCAUCAGUUCAAGACAGUUUCAGCUGUAUGUAGUUUAGCAUGGCACGUUCGGCUCAAAUUAUAUCACUCAGAGGAGGACAAUUCUCAGAAUACAGCCACUCAUGAAACAGGCACAUCACCAGAUUCCACAUCAACAGUUCUUGGACCUCACACUGACAACAUGAUUUGUGCUGUAAGCAAAACCUCCUUGGAUUCUGCGUUUUCAGACAAACUUCACUCUAAAUACGAAUCACAGCAGAUUAAACAUGAACCUAUUGUAUCUGUAAGAAUCAAAGAAGAACCUGUGAAUGUUAAUAUUCCUGAAAAGAUUAGAGUAUCAAAUAAUAUGGAUGGCAAGAAUGUUAAAGCAAAAUUGGAUCAUGUUCAGUUUACAGAAUUUAAGAUUGAUGUGGAUUCUAAAUCUGAAAAUAGCAACAAAGACUUAAAGGAAGAAUUGUGCCCUGGAAGUCUCAUAAGUCUAGUUGAUACAAGGCAACAUAGUUCAGUACAUUCAAAUCAAGAUAGAAAAGAUGAUGACAUUUUGUGCUAAAUUUGU